UCGGGAUCUUGUUGUUUACGAUGACUUUCAUCGUGUUCGUUCUGUUAUUAAUAAAUGUGUUACCAGCAUUUACAGCAAAUGAAAAUAUUUUAUGCACGAACUAUUGUAAUGACAUAGAAUGCAGCAAAGCAAUCACCAAUUGCGAUAUUCAAAAUUCCACCCAUAAUGGCAUAUUACUCCCAUCGCCAGAUAUUUGUAAUUGUUGCUCAUAUUGUAUCUCCUAUUUAAAAGAAAACGAACCAUGUUUUAAAGGUAGUCCAGACGGAAUAUCAGUAACAAGCAUAUGUGGACCAGGACUUACUUGUUCCGACGAGGAAAUCUGUGUAACAAUGGACACUAAAUGCUUUAAAAGUAUAAAAGACUACGAUGAGCGAAAACUCAAUGGUAGUUUGGGCAGCAUGGAAAUGAGACCAAGUUGCGAUGGAAGAGGAUUUUAUGCACCUUAUAAAUGCAUACCGGGUCAAACCUGUUACUGCGUACAUCACAAUGGUACACGAAUUUUUGGAUUAUCCAAUUUCACUGAAAUUCCUGAAUUGAAACUCAAAUGUGGAUGUUCAAGGAGUUAUUAUGAUGCUGUGGACAUAAUUGGAAGGAAGCUUCAUCCAAAUGAACAUUUCAGGUGUACGGAAAAUGGAGAUUAUGAUCCGUUACAAUGCAUUGGAGACAAAUGUUUGUGCGUUGACACUAAAGAUGGUUCUCCCAGUUUAAAUACAACCACAGUAAAUAUUACGAAUAUUGAUAAACUAUCUUGUUAUGAUAAUAAAUUACACACAUUUGGCUACUACAAAAAAUGCGAGGUUGAAUAUUUAACGAGGCUAAAUGAAACUAGAGGAUACAAAAAAGUUAUAUCUUAUUCACUGCCGAAUUGUGAUUUAGACGGUAAUUACGCACCACUGCAGGAAAAUGACACACAUAAAUUUUGUGUGGAUAGAUCUGGGGAAGUUCUAUUGGCAGUAGAAAAAAGUAACACACUUGCUGAUAACAUGAACUGCAAAUGCAUAAGAGCUGCUAGCAUUGUUACGUCAACAGAUGUGCCUCACUGUAUGGACAACGGUAACUACAACCCCAAACAAUGCCGAAAGGGAUUUUGUAGAUGUGUCGAUGAAGAUGGGAAUCAAAUUUGCCCAAAUGCUUCUUCAUGUCCUGACGUUGAAGAAGAAGACGAUCUUCAAUGUUAAUUAAUUAAUUCAUUCAUUUUAUCAUAGAUUUUUAAUAAUAUAUUAUGUACAUAAU